AUGUCUCACAUUAGAAAUAAUGUUCUUGCUGGUGAUAGCACCCACCGUGAUACUUUGAUCCAUGCUGAUGAAGUCUACAGCAUCUACAAAAGAAUUCAAGAAGCAAGCUAUCAAAGACAUCAAAAUCAACACCAGUCUGUCCGUGCUUGGUUAAGCGAGCUUCAACAAGAGAAUUUCGAGACUUUUGAAGGCCGCGAUUUCAUGGAUUCGUUUCCUUUCGGUUUUAUUUCCCCUUUCCAGAAGAAUCUCCUACUUCAAGCUCGUAGUGUAUGUCUUGACGCCACCCACAGCACUACCAGUUUUUCCAACGGAAUCCUAUAUACGAUUGUCACGCGCCAUCCCUUGACUGGUACUGGUUGUCCUGUUGCGUUCUUUUUCACC